AUGAAUUUUGUUGUAGGUGAAAAUGUUGUACAAGUUGCAAAAAAUGUAGAAAAAGAAGAAAUGAAGAGCCAAGAAGUAAUAGAAAAGGAACAAGAAGAAGAAGAAAAAGAAAAUGGAAAUAAUAAAAAACAAAAAGAUAACAACGAUCAGUUAUCACCAAGGGCAGUAUUGGAAAUUCACAUAUCAGGUGCCACGUCAGAUUCCGAUAACAGUAGCACCAGCUCCGGCGAACGGACCCGAAGUUUCGGGUCAUCUCCGGCCGGCGGUAACGGCAGCUCCGGUGAAGGGUUGAGUUUUAAGAGUUUGUUUGAUAAUAUGAAGAGAAAAUCGAUUAAAAGAUUAUCUACAAUACCAUUACUUAGUGGAUAUGAGAUGUUGUUACCGAAGAAGAAUAAUAUUAAGAGGAAAUUAUUGGCAAGGAUUAGGAGUGCUGAAGAAGAUACAAUUGAUUGUCAUGAUUUUGUUGUUCCUAAACCUUCUUGGAGGAAUUUUAGCCUUGAUGAACUUGCUCUAGCUACUGAUAAUUUUGCUCCAGAUAACUUAAUUGGCAAAGGAGGACAUGCAGAAGUGUACAAAGGACAUUUGCAAGAUGGCCAAGUUGUUGCAGUAAAGAAAAUAACCAAGAAAGAAAAGAAUGAUGAGGACAGAGUUGGAGACUUCUUGUCUGAGCUAGGAAUCAUUGCUCACAUCAACAACACAAAUGCUGCUAAGUUAAUUGGUUUCAGUGUUGAUGGUGGUUUGCAUCUUGUUCUCCAAUACUUGCACCAUGGCAGCCUCGCUUCUGUUCUACACGGUAGAGAAGAAUGCCUUGAAUGGAAAAUAAGAUAUAAAGUGGCAGUUGGUGUAGCUGAUGGACUGCGUUAUCUUCAUUGUGAUUGCCAAAGGCGCAUAAUCCAUAGAGAUAUUACAGCCUCGAACAUUCUACUUACUGAAGAUUAUGAACCUCAGAUAUCUGAUUUUGGACUUGCAAAAUGGCUGCCUGAAAAAUGGGUACAUCAUAUUGUUUCCCCCAUUGAAGGAACUUUCGGAUAUAUGGCACCCGAGUACUUUAUGCACGGGAUUGUUCAUGAGAAGACCGAUGUUUUUGCCUUUGGGGUUCUGCUAUUGGAGCUUAUUACUGGUCGCCGUGCUGUUGAUUCAUCUAGACAGAGUCUUGUGAUGUGGGCAAAACCAAUGCUGGAACAGAACAAUGUCAAGGAAUUAGCGGACCCUCGUCUAGGAGAUGCCUAUGAUGUUGUUGAGAUGAAACGAGCUAUGUUUACAGCUUCCACAUGCAUUCACCACUUGCCAAACAUGCGCCCUAACAUGAUACGGGCUGUUCAGCUGUUGAAAGGCGAGAACGUACCAAUAGACAUGAAGCAGAAAUCGACAGGAGGAAGAGCAUUGAUGCUGGAUGCUUGUGAUUUAGAAGAUUACAGUAGCACAACUUAUCUAAAAGAUCUCAAUCGUCAUAUGCAGCUCGUUAUGGAGUAAAUUUUGAUCUUGAUAUCAUCGAGUCUCAUUGAUCGUUGUUCUGCAUCUGCUGCUGUUUAAUUAUUCGCACUUGGUCUCUGUUUGUACAUAUAUCUUGUAAAAUCAAGGGUUCAAUCCAGUCAUAUUCCACUAGCUGUUUUUCGGGUUGAAAGUUUUCGAGAUGCUGUACAUCUUAACACUGAGAAGCAAGCAUCGGAAACAUCUGAGUUUGUCUUCCGCUUUCUCUAAAUAUUUGGAUGAAAGAAGAUGCCAUUAGCAGCACAAA